CAUAAAUAAGCAGUCCCUCUCCAUCUCUCAUUCUCCAUCCCAUUAUGGAUAUUCAUUUAUUGUUGCUUGUCAUAGUUUUCUCUGCCUCAUCAAUAUCAGCUCAGGUUUUCAUUAGCAUCGAUUGUGGAGCGUCUGAUUCUUACACGGAUGGAAAUUCGAUACCAUGGUCGGGAGACAAAGACUUCUUCCAAGAUGGGGUGACCCAAGUGGUGCAAUCGAGCAACUCAAUGUCUCAUGUGAUGGACACACUGAGAGUGUUCACAGCCCGGAAAAAGAACUGUUACUCCAUUAACGCCGAAAAGGGUGGUCAAAUUCUUGUCCGCGCAAGCUUUUACUAUGGAAACUACGAUAAAAAAUCUUCUCCUCCUUCUUUUGAUCUUCAAUUUGAUGGUAACCAUUGGACUACAGUUGUGACCUCAAGCACCGAACUCGUUUUCUACGAGGCAGUAUAUAUUGUGAAAGGGGACACUACGAGCGUAUGUGUUGCUCAAACCAAGCCUGACCAGUUCCCAUUUAUAUCAGCUCUUGAAUUCCGUAGCUUGGGCAUCCAUAUGUACAACCAAGUUGAUUCGAAUUAUGCCAUGUUUACGAAAAAUAGGGUUUCUUAUGGUUCAAAUGCAAGUGUCAGGUUCCCGGAUGAUGCUUAUGAUCGAAUUUGGGGUCCAGGAGUGGCUGGGAAUGGACUAAUUGACGUGAGUAGUGAUGCAAUAUUUAUUGAAACUACUAAGGCACCAGACGAGCCUCCAGAACCUGUGAUGAAAAAUGCGAUUACAACUUCAAGCUCAUCAGCUUAUAUAAGCUUGGGCUCUAAUUCUCCUGUGGUAUCCAUCUACAUUCUUAUGUAUUUUUCCGAAGUGAUUCAGCUCGAUUCAACACAAAAGAGGUCUUUCACUUUUUACGAAAACAAUCAAUCACUUUCGGAUCCCAUAAUACCGCCUUAUGUAGAUGUUUUCGAAUUAUACUAUAAAGACAACUCAACUAAUUCAUCUUCGAGCAACACAUUUUCUUUGAGGCCUACUACCGAUUCAACACUCCCACCUCUCAUCAAUGCCAUUGAAGUUUAUCUUGUCAGUGAUGCGUUAACAGAUGGAACAGAUAGCAAUGAUGUUACAGGAUUAAGUUCGCUACAAACCGGAUUGGUUGAUUUACAACAAUGGAGUGGUGACCCUUGUCUUCCAUCACCAUUCUCAUGGGAAUGGAUCAGUUGUAAUACUGAUGCCAGUCCUCGUGUAACGGCACUGCAUCUCAGCAGCUUCGGCCUUUCUGGUCCACUUCCGGAUUUUAGUUCUAUGGAUGCUCUUGAGACGAUAGAUAUGCACAAUAACAGCUUAUCUGGGCCUAUUCCGGACUUCCUUGGCACCUUGCCUAAUUUAAAACAAUUGAAUUUGGCAGACAAUAAAUUCAGUGGAGACAUACCCACUUCAUUAUCAAACAAUAACAAUCUAAAAUUAGUGAUAACGGGAAAUCCAGACUUGUGCACAGCCGGCAAAUCAUGCGAGACAACUGACACUACACCGACUUCAUCUGAAUUCCCGGUCACUCCAUCUUCUGGUAGAAGUACUGGCAAGAAGAAAAAGAGCAAUAAACUACCAGCAAUACUUGGGGGCACAAUUCCAUCUGUCUUUGUAAUUUGGGCUAUUGCAGGAUAUUCAUACGUAUUGAACUCUAGAAGAAAAAGAGCCGCUGUGGUUGCAACAGGGGCAAAUGGUAUGCAUAAUAGACCCAAUGGCACACCACCACAGGGAACUAAGUUCAAUGUCAACAUUGAGGAGCAAGUUAAUGUGGAGAUUAAUGUGGAUCCAGAUGAUCAGCAGGAGCAACAAAAUCAAUAUAAUGCCACCAACAUUUAAUUUCUAUUUUUAUUUUUUAUUUAUUUUUCUCUCUCUUGCUUGUAUUUUAAAGUUCAGCUGCCAAAUAUUGUGAAGGCAUUGGGGUGGCUUAAUAUAUGAACUUUAAUGUAAAAGUUUUUAUGUAACAAUGAAGUCGACGUCAGAUCAACCAAAUAAUUAGUCUUGUUUGAGUGUUUCGUUCAGUUUGAAA